AAGGAAGCCUCUACCAGUCCGUAUCAAUAGGGACAGUCACACCAUGAAGCAUAGUCUCGUUGUCAAUUUGUUCUUGCCACUCGUGGCAUCUGCGCUGCUUUUGGAAGUACGAGGGUCCAGCAACAGAGGAACGACGGGUGUUGAAACGGAGUCCUUGAAGAAUUCCAAGCUCAAUUUCGGCUACCAGAGUAACGGCAUGUAUCCAGGAGGCUUUGUGCACUCAGCAAGUGGCUACUAUCCAGGGGGUGGCGUAUAUUAUCAUGUGGGUGCGGGGGGCGGUUACCCUGCAGCAACCGGCGGUUACCCUGUGCAUCCAGAGACAGGAGUUAACCCUCUUGGACCUGAAAAUGAAGUUCCUGCCUCCGGCGAAAAUGGAGAAAAAAUUCCCGGUGGAGUUGCAGUGGACGACGAGGUGGAGGUAUUUGACGUGCCUCAGUCGAAACAAGGAGGUUACCCUAGCAGAGGAUAUCCGAAUGGAGGUUAUCCCGGUAGAGGAUACCCCAGUGGAGGGUAUCCUAGUGUUUACCCCAAUGCUGGUCAUCCCGGAUAUUACCCCGUCGUCUAUGUAGGGUGAACAGCAACAUACAGUGAAGAAGACAUUCAGGAGCACAUAAAAACUUCUGUUCCAAGCAGACAAGCUAGUAUAAGCUUGUAAGAUAGCAGAAAAUUAAAAUGUUAUUUGUCUGGAGCUGCCCUGGGUUUAACCUCGGUGAGCUUCAAUAUAGGCUGUAUUAUUUAAUUUAAUUUAUCGCUUAAUUUAAACGUGUCUUGUCUGAAUUUGUCUAAUAUAACUAGUUUUUUUUAUCCUAGAGAAUAUAGACUGAUGCUGAUCUCAGAAACAUCAUGUUUACUGUUACUUUAUUAUAAGGAAUUGUGUAUAACUUUACGUUUCACGCCCGCAAGUGCACA